CUCUCUUUAUACUUUACCCAACGUCAGACUCAUGAGCGCCCGCCUCCGCUUCUUCCAAGGCUUCUUUCGGCGGCCGUCAAGCGCCCUUGCCCUCAUUGCCGCCUCAUUCCUCGUAUACAUCGUCUCCCAAUCAGGGGUCAUCCACCGCACUCCCACCCACACCGAAUACUUGGGCGAGCACAACAUCCAGCAGGUACUGGUAGACGAACUCCCUCUAAAAGACGACUUCGACUCCAACUCCUGGUCCUGUCCCUCCCACCCAGGGGAACAGACGCCCGCAUGCUCCAACGCCCACUUCUUCCCACCGCCCCAAGCGCGCACAAUCGUCCCCUCCUCGCUCAUAUCCUUCACACCAGGAUGGACGCUCCUCACAAACCUCUACUUCUCCAACGGCACGUUCUAUAUCGUCUCCUCCGAAGGGGGGUUCGGCGAAGGCUACUGGCCGGAAAGGAGGCUGAUUACGAGCACUGGCCUGGCGGGGGAUCACUCGAAUGGCGCAGAGAGGGAACCGACGGAGAGGGAGAUGGAUAUCCUCACUCAGGAGCAAGCGGGGGAGAUAUGGGGAGAUAGAGUGUUCGACAUCCAGGGGUUCUCGGUACUCGCCAACGACCCGAACCAGUUCUUACAGCACUACUACCACGUCGCGGCCGAGAUCCUGCUAGGCAUCGAGCGCGUUUGCACAAACUUCGACCCCAUGCCCGGGCCUGACGGGACCGUCUCCGCCCCCUCACCAGAACGGCUCAUCUUCCUGCACACAGACGAGGCGGGGUUCACUGACUGGCCUGGCCUGGAUCGGUUCUACUUACAUGCACAGUGGCCGCAUAUCACCCCCCUCUACCAGCCUUCGUGGGAAGCGAUGGCCUCUCUCGUUUCAGACUCUCGCAAAGCCUGGCGCUUCCCCGCAGCGCUCUUCAUCGACCGGUCCGCAUCCUUCCGCGGGCCAUAUACGGAAGUGACCUCCCGCACGCCUGCGGGGCCUUGGGCUGCCGGAGGGGGCAAGUUCGGCACUGGCGGGGAAGGGAGGAACCGGUUCUGGUACGAGAGCGCUAGGCGGAGAGUGCUAUCUUUUGUCGGUGUUGACCGGGAGGUCCUGGACGUCGGGCUGCGCGCUAUGGACCCGCCUCUUGCACCCCUGCGCAGGGAUGGGAAGGAAGAUGUUUACCAGGUGACGUAUAUCUCUCGUCAGAGGACGGGCAGGCGCUUGAUUGAUGGAGACCAUCGGAGGCUGGCGAGGGCCCUCCGGUAUAUGUGCAACAAACAUGGGUGGAAGUUCUUCCUUAUGGUUGCGGAGGAUAUGGACAGGGAGGAGCAGAUGCGUGUUGCGGCUGAGACGACGGUCUUCGUCGCCGUGCACGGGAACGGCCUCACACACAUGCUUCUCCAACCCCCCCACCCGCGCGCCGCAAUCAUAGAGAUGUUCCACCCUCCCGGCUUUGCACGAGACUACGAAUGGACUGCAGGGAUCCUCGGCCAUCGGUACUAUACAGUCCUGAACGAUACGGCGUACACUCCCCCAGACCUGGCGAAACAGCAGUACCCGGACUGGCUGUUUGGGAAGGAUAUCCCCGUGCAGGCUGAAACGGUAGUCGCGGUGGUGGAGAAGCAGUUGCUGGGCCCGAUACCGGGCCCAGCACAUUGGCAGAGCUGGAGGGAGGAGGUGGGCUACUGAUCCCCCCCCUACCAUUCUGCCAGCAUGAUGCUCGUUCUUUCUUUUUAUGGGCUCUGGGGCUUGGGUUCCAAUCCGAUUCGUAUCUUAGAAUCCUCUACAUAGCGUUGCUCACACUCGUUGUAGACCUACAGUAUAUCCUGACUGCGUACCCUCGUUCCACCCAUGCUUGAGGCAUGGAAUAUAGUAUAUAGCUAGUCGCAAUGAUAACCGAAU